AAAUUUAAUCACAUUUCAAAAGAUUAAUGUAUUAUAUAUCAUAAAUACUUUUAAUGCUUACUUUAACAUGUAAUAUGCUGACAAAAACCUUCUAAUCAUGUUUCGUUUCAACUCGUGAACAAAAAAGUUGUGUUUUAAAACUUCUCCGAACAACAACUAAAAUGAACGUAAGAAGAAGAUAGUGUACUUCGAGUUGGACAUGAAACGAAAAUGUACCACUUCGUUUUUCUUGUGUCUUUCAAGUAUAUUUUUAGUGUUUGGAAUUGCCGGCCUAUAUGGUAGUAUAUUUGGAUACGCUUGGUGGGUGGAUGAUUUAAAUGAUGAUGGAAAGUUUGAAUAUGGAAUUUUGCGAAACAGAUUUAAGUAUAAAAAUGGUUCAACUUACCAAGGAUUUGUAAAAAAUCUGUUUAAGUUCAAAGUAGAACAGAUAGGGGUCAUCAAUGGACAGCAGCGUGACGUCAUAUUAUUAUGCCUCAUUGUAUCCGCCAUGUUUGCUACGUUCGCUAUCGUUCCCGUAGUAUUUGGUAUGUGUCGAAUGAAAGAAUCCUCGUGGGAAUUUUAUAGCCUAACAACAGCGUUUCUUACUGCAAUGAGUGCAAUACCUUCCAUUGGUUCGAUGGUGUACAUCGAGGUGAAGUAUCGAGACGUCUGGAAAAAAACAAUUGAACGAAAAAACAGUUGGUCUUACAUGUUGGCUUGGAUCGGUGCCGGCAGUAUGUUUCUCUCUACCGUGUUCUCCUACGUAUUGCUUUGCUUACAUCCGAGAAAACGUUACACAGUAAAGGCUGCAUCCAAACCAAAGAAGAGCUCAUUCGCGAAACGAAAUCGUGCAUACGAGCAAGAUAGUCCUGACAAACCAAUCAAAGUAAUCGCUGUUAAAAAAAGCGGGAAACAUGUGACGUUGGAGAGUUCAGCAUAAAUUUAAUACGGUUAAAGUUAGUUAGAUGAUGUUUGUCUCAAUCAGAAUAGAAUAAGAGAGAAAUAGAAAAUUAAGCAACGCUUCAGACGUUAGGGGGGAGGUAUAUAUGGUCAUUCUCAUUAACACCAACUUUUGAAAUGUCGAAGCGCCUUUUUGGUACCAGAGAUGUUUUUAAAGAUUUUACAUUUUCUCUAUUUUGCAUCCAAAUAAGCGUCUUGGUAUUCAGAAUGUUACGUAGGAGAUGAUUGGUGAAUUUGUGAUGACAUUUUGCAGGGCAUAGAAGGUGUUGACAAUUUUGGCGAUACGGAAUUUUAAGAAGGGUUGAUUGUCAUGAGAUGAGACAUCAUCUUUGUAAAUUUUCUUUCGACAAAAGUUAAUUGCUUCAAAACUACAAAAAGUUAAUUUUUACUGAAACAUCGUCAAAGUUGAAGUAAAAUUGGGAGAAACCGUGUAUAUAAUAAAGCGAAGGUUUUUCAAAAGAAUAAUGUGAACUUAAUUUAUAAUUAUAAAUAUAUCAAUUUUUUAAACAAAUGGGUUGACUUAUUUCUAAUGUGUAAUGCGAUGAUAUUUUUCCGUAGCAAGAUUCUUGGGUAUAAAUCCAAAAUUAAUGGCUAUUUAAUUCACCUGAAAAGAGGAAAUGAUUUCGGAAAAAAAAGAUUGAGAUUAGAAAAAACAUUCCAUGCAGGAUAUGAAUAUUUUUUAAAAGAGAAAAUUUAAAAUUUUAACCAAUUAAAAAAAAAUAUGGUUCAUUUUUCGAGAGAAAUGGUUAUUUGAGGUCUAUUCAACCGUGUUCCAAGCGCCUGUUGUCUCUUUUCUAUAACCGGAACGGUGAGACGAACAUUACCCUGGAGGAGGCUUCGUCACGUGAUCCUCACGAAAUACGCAUACAAUAUCGUAUUUCGCAGUCUUGUUGUAUUUUCUGUCUGUUAUCGAUUUUGUUUGUCGUUUUGCGUUGUCUUUUUGGUGUACGCCACCAAACAAACUGUGCUAUUCAGCAACCUUAUGUCGGAAACUUCAUUAGCAACAUUAUUAUUCUAAAGGUUACUUGAUGUGUUUCAGAGUACCAAAUGGUAAUCGUACCACCUUUCUCCCCUUACUGGCAUUUUUAAAGUUUUUUUAGACAAGUAAUUUAAUUAAAAGAAUAAAGAGCAAUGUUACACUGCA